GGGGAUUUUUCGGAGCCGGGCAGCCGGAAACUGAAAGUCGGAGCGGGGCCGGCGCAGGAAAGUUCGCGAACGCCCGCGGGCGUCCACGGCGGCUCCGGCCGGGGGCCGUGGCGCGGGGUCCCCACGCGGUGACAUGCGGUCCGCAACGCCCCGGCCCACUGUGCGAGGUCACGGCCGGGGGGCCACGACCCGGGGUCACAGCGUUCCCCCCACCAGCCUGGCUGCCUUGAACUUUGGUUGCUGGCCUGUGCGCCGCGUACCCCUUGCCUUGACCCCAGCUGUGGGCUCCCCUGCGCCUACCUGGUGCUCCCUUCUUCCUCCGAGAGGCGAGUUCUCACCUGUUUCAGAUCUGGACGAGCUCCCUGAACUUCAGGGUGGUGGGUGGACCUCUGGGGUCACCUUUUCUCACCCUGUUGCGCCCUCGCCCCUGCGGCUUGUCCCGGAGGUAUCAGUGUCUCCUGCCGCCUGUCUUCCUCACCUGCUCUCUCGUUCCCUGCCCUCAGCCCCCCCACCUCCUGUGGCUCCGGAGCCUUCACACUUGACCCUUGAACAUACAGGGGGUUGGGGCGCCAACCCCCUCCCUGCGCAGUUGAAAAUCUGCGUGUAACGUUUUUUUCUUCCUUUCUUUUUUUUGAAAUGGGAACGCUUCCCAAAUUUUCGGGUCAUCGUGCAGAGGCCACACUAAAUGCUGUCUCGUUCCAGUUUUCGGACGUGUGCUGCGGAGUGAGCACGCCUGUGACUCCCGCCUUCACUUAGCUAGCAGUCUGCGGUUGGGCAGAAGCCCUGGCGAUCGUGCGAAGAGCCGGCUGCCCCAGACCUCUUGUGUGUGGUGUGCCGGAUCCUGACCGUGCGUGCGUUAGAGGAAAAUGGUAAACUCGUAGGGAGGAGAAAGCACGUUUACUGUAACGGGCUGUAAACAGUCUGUGCAGAAGCGGAUCCGAGCGGUUCAGACCCACGUUCAAAGAUCAGCUGUCACACUAGGGUGCCAGUCACAGACAGCACUGUCGCGUCCUGCAGCCUGACGUGGCGGUUCGCGGCUCCCAUGGCUGCGGCCAGCGUGACCCCUCCCGGCUCCCUAGACGUGUUGCAGCCCGGCUUCUCAAAGACCCUGCUGGGGACCAAGCCAGAGGACAAGUACCUGUGCUCGGCCUGCAGGAACGUCCUGCGCAGGCCCUUCCAGGCACAGUGCGGCCACCGCUACUGCUCCUACUGCCUGACCAGCAUCCUGAGCUCCGGGCCUCAGAACUGUGCCGCCUGUGUUCACGAAGGCAUAUACGAAGAGGGCAUUUCUAUUUUGGAAAGCGGUUCGGCGUUCCCGGACAACGCUGCGCGCAGGGAGGUGGAGAGCCUGCCGGCCGUGUGUCCCAGCGACGGCUGCACCUGGAAGGGGACCCUUAAAGAGUAUGAGAGCUGCCACGAAGGACACUGCCCGUUCAUGCUGACCGAGUGCCCGGCGUGCAGAGGCCUGGUUCGCCUCGGGGAGAAGGAGCGGCACUCGGAACAGGAGUGCCCGGAGAGGAGCCUCAGCUGCAGGCACUGCCGGGCGCCCUGCUGCUGGGCCGACCUGAAGGCACACCACGAAGUCUGCCCCAAGUUCCCCCUGACCUGUGAUGGCUGUGGCAAGAAGAAGAUCUCCCGUGAGAAAUUCCAGGACCACGUCCGGGCAUGUGGCAGAUGCCGAGUCCCGUGCAGGUUCCGUGCUGUCGGCUGCCCCGAGAUGGUAGAGAGUGAGAAGCAGCAGCAGCACGAGGCCCAGUGGCUCCGGGAGCACCUGGCCAUGCUGCUGGGCGGCCUCCUGGAGGCCAGGCACCCGUCGGGGGCCGAUGGCCGCUUCCUGGGCCAAGGCGAGGUCGGGGGCUGGGAAGCCGGCACGCUGCACCCCGAGGCCGAGCUCCCCAAGGCCGCGGAGCUCCGGCAGCGGUGUGAGGCCCUGGAGAGGAAGACGGCCACCUUCGAGAACAUCGUCUGCGUCCUGAACCGGGAGGUGGAGAGGGUGGCCAUGACCGCCGAGGCCUGUGGCCGGCAGCACCGAUUGGACCAGGACAGGAUCGAGGCCCUGAGUAACAAGGUGCAGCAGCUGGAGAGGAGCAUCGGCCUGAAGGACCUGGCCAUGGCCGAGCUGGAGCAGAAGGUCCACGAGAUGGAGGCGUCCACCUUCGACGGCGUGUUUAUCUGGAAGAUCUCGGAUUUCGCCAGGAAGCGCCAGGAAGCUGUGGCUGGCCGCACGCCCGCCAUCUUCUCUCCAGCCUUCUACACGAGCAGGUACGGCUACAAGAUGUGUCUGCGCAUCUACCUGAACGGAGAUGGCACCGGGCGCGGGACACACCUGUCUCUCUUCUUUGUGGUGAUGAAGGGCCCCAACGACGCCCUCCUGCGAUGGCCCUUCAACCAAAAGGUGACCUUAAUGCUGCUUGACCAGAACAACCGGGAGCAUGUGAUCGACGCCUUUAGACCCGACGUGACCUCGUCCUCCUUCCAGAGGCCAGUCAGUGACAUGAACAUCGCGAGCGGCUGCCCCCUCUUCUGCCCCGUUUCCAAGAUGGAGGCCAAGAAUUCCUACGUGCGCGAUGACGCCAUCUUCAUCAAGGCCAUUGUGGACCUGACGGGGCUCUAGCCGCCUCCCCCCAGGGUCAGGGGUCAGGAGCAGCUGGGCCCGGCGGCUCGGUGAGGAGCCACCACGCUGGGCCUGAGCCUCGCUGCGGGUGGACGCCUGCCGCCUUCGUGGCCCACCGGGACGGGGCCGCCUCCUGGGAGAGGCCGCUCGGCCCGGGCUGCGUGGGGUGGGCUGCAGGCCCGUCGGUCCCUCCGAGGGCUGUCCGUGUAGGUGCUCGGGGCGGAGUGAGCAGAGCGGGCAAGGUGGGCCGGCACCUUGUCCUGCCCUUUGGCCCCCGGAGAGAAGGGACGCGCUCAGGCCUGGCCGCUGCUCUGAGGAGAGGUCCUGCUGUGCAGGCCAGCGGGCAGGGAGGACGCUCUGUGUCCUCAGGGCCUCCCGUCAGCCGCCCCCGGGGCAAGCGUGGGGUGCACGUUGGGCCCUGCUGUGAGACGUGGUGCGGUAGCUGCCCCGUCGGGCUGUGGAGGAGUCGUUAUUAAACUGUUAAAUCUCU